GUUCACGUGAACGGUUGCUUGCAUCCGUAAAAAUAGCGUCCAGCCGAAAAUCAGGCCGGCCGAAAAUCUGGCCCGAAUUUCGUGCCAAUUUCAGCCUGGUGUCAAACCGGCACGGGUAAGAUUCAGGCUGCACCAACAGAUAUAGCUAGGGCCCAGUAAAAUUACCUUUAUACACCAUGGGGAAAAGUAAACGUCGAUCGAAAUCUAGAUCUGAACCUGUGGUAUCUUCAUCUAAAAGGUCGAAGAAGAGUAAAACUACAAUAACAAUUAAAAAGAAGAGGAAAAACUGGUCCGUCGACUUGGACAAGAGAUUUAAAAUCAUGAAGGGAGCAGUGGAGGAUGUGAUUGAAAAGAAGAUGACCAUACGCAAAGCAGCAGAGAAGUGGGGCGUGAAGCGCUCAACGUUAGCUGACCGGGUGUCUGGCCGAGUGGAGCUGGGCAGACGGAGUGGCCCACCAUCCAUCCUGUCCAGAGCAGAGGAGCAGAUGCUUACCGAGUGGAUCAUCAGCAUGGCACAGCGGGGCUACGGCUUCAAGAAGCAGAAGCUACUCAAGACUGUCAAGAAGAUCCUGGACAAGGACAAGCGUACCACCAUGCUGAAAAAGAACAUGCCAGGCAACAAGUGGUACCGGCAGUUUGUCAAGCGGAACCCCCGGGUCAAGAUGGUGACUAGCAACCCGCAACUGCUGGGAACCAGACUGGAUAAGGCGACAGCCAGCGCAAGCAUAGAGUACGAAGCCUUCCACUCCAUGCUGUCAAGUUACGAGAUGUCAGACUCAGAGAGUGAGGGAGACUCAGACAGCGAUUCAGAGGUUGAGUCGGAGUCCGGCUCAGAGGUGGAGGAGGAACUACAGCUACAGAGUCCUGGUCAAAUCGACUACAACACUGAAGUGAUUGUUGAGACAGAAUUUGAACCACAACUAGAACCAGAUCUAGAGUCUGAACUAAAACCAGAUCUCAAAUCAGACCAAGAACCUCAGCCAGAUGUGGUAGUGGACUCAUCAAACCUGGAGGAUUUCAAAGUUGACCACAGUCCAAGUCCUGACAUAUCCGUUGCUAAUACGGUCACUAUCACAACUUCUGAGUGAUAAGUGUUCCAAUGUCCAAGUUCUUUCCUUCCAGUGGAUAUUUCAAUAAUUUAAAGGUUAUGUCUUGGUAAGUUAUGUGAUUUCUGAAAUGCAAGGUUGUGUAAACAAUCUGUUUUGAAUGUUUUUUGUUAUAAUUAUUGGUGUGGGCAUUUCUGCAUUUCAGAGUUCUGUUUUCAAAAAUAAUGUCCAGUGAGUGGUAUGAUGGAAUGUUCCUUUAACCUGUCAUUUAACAGGUUGUCUAAAUGUGCACUAUUCACUAACUUUUUGAAAACUUCAAGUUAAUUGAAUAGUGACAUUAUGCACAUACUUGCAGUACAACGAAUAUUUAGUAAUAAUGCAGUUUUAAGGUUACUUUGAGUACAUGUACAUAAAUGUGGGAAUACAUGUACAUGUGUGUACUUGCAAUUCAAUACCCGAAUGAGGUUAGAGUCAUGAGAAUCGAAUUUACGGUAUAAAAUUUUUCAAUAUGAAUGAGAAUUUGAAAUGCAUUAUUUGGAUUAAAUGUACAAAACCAUAUACUAGUGGCUGGUGUGAAAUGUAAACCUCAAAGCAUGUUAAGAAAUGUGUGAGAAAAUUUGGGUCCAUUUGCAUGCCUGAAUGAGGGGGGAAAAACACAGCAAAUCAUUUUGUACUUUUAAAGGUGAAAUAUGUUGGAUGUCAAAUAUGAAAUAUGCCAGGAUGCAAACUUAGACAAUACUGUAUUACAGUAUACAUGUACACCAAACUCAUUACAAUUUAUUGCAUUUCCCUACCCCUUUUUCGCAUUACGGUUUGAUUUCAAUUUCACAUUUCAACCUAAGCAAGUUACAACAGCGCAGAAUAUAAACGUGUAAAUGCAGAGAUUCAAAAUAAUUGUAAAGUUACCACCUUCACAGACUACUUUUACAUGCUUCAUGUAUGUACAAUUGGUUAUAAAAGAAUGCUAGGAAUUUAAUUAUGAGACCGAUGAGCCAACUAGGAAAAAGAUUCCAUUAUUAAAUUUACUCCUCUUCAGGAACAGAAAACACAAGUAUUCUAACGUACAUACAUGUAUUGAUGGAAAACAAGCUCAUAAUAUUAAAAAAACUGUAAGCACAUACAUAUGAUUCCAAUAAACAUACUACCAUGAAAUAAAAUUUGCAUAUUAAGUUCUGUCAUCAGCUAAAUGAAUAUAUAAAUUUAUAAAUAUAUUUGAAAUAAGUAAACUAAUUACAAGACAAUCACUUUAUUUUAAUGACAAUUGUGAUGGUGACAUAAAUAACCAGGGAAAUGAAUAAGCAAAAACUUCUUGAAAAGUGGGCAAACUUGGCGAGGGAAAAAAUAGCUGAAGAUAUGAUUAUACACUGGUGAUUACAAAUAAUCCUUUUUGACUAAUUUCUUUAUGCUGAUCUACAAGUCUACUAGUCUCUUGUCAACAAAUAAGAAUCACUCACAUGUCCAGCAAAGUAUCUGUAAGCUCUGAGCAACUCUUAAGAAUGUUAAGAAAGCAACAUCGGACAACAAAAUGAAUGCAGGAUGAAAUUUCAUGCUUGUUAAAAGUGACUGCUUUUGGAGAUUUAAAAAAGGAGUAUGGUGCUGUUAAUGUUGACUACAAUGAACUAUUUAAGUACUAGUUGAGAUACAUAAUUGAAUCCUUCUUCAUCUCUGCAGCUCCAAAGUAAAAUAUGAAGUGAAUUAUAACACAUACUAGUAAGAUAAGCAAAAUAAAAUAUUACGCACGUGAGACUCUGCCAAGUGAUUCCCAUUUCCCGAUGAAAGCAGCAUACCACACUGAUCUCAUGUAUAUGCAGUUUAAAUUCCACUUGUUCUCGCCCAACACAACAUUAUCUGUAGCCUUUAGAGCUAUGGGCAUUGCUAUUUCGUUUUGUCUUUUGGUACAGUGUUUGAAUGCUUUGCUCUUUGAUUCCAGCUUCUUUUACUUGACUAGUUUUGUUUAACAAAAUUGAAAUAUUUCCCGUCAACUUGCAGGCUUGACACACUUGCCUUCUGGCAGUUUGCCAACUAUUUUAAAAAGC